AUGCCAGUGCACAUCCCUGAACACCCCUACACACCCUUCACCACACCACGGCACACCCUCUCCAUGCCAGUGCACAUCCCUGAACACCUCUACACACCCUUCACCACACCACGGCACACCCUCUCCAUGCCAGCACACAUUCCUGAACACCCCUACACACCCUUCACCACACCACGGCACAACCUCUCCAUGCCAGUGGACAUCCCUGAACACCUCUACACACCCUUCACCACACCACGGCACACCCUCUCCAUGCCAGUGCACAUCCCUGAACACCUCUACACACCCUUCACCACACCACGGCACACCCUCUCCAUGCCAGUGCACAUCCCUGAACACCUCUACACACACUUCACCACACCACGGCACACCCUCUCUAUGCCAGUGCACAUCCCUGAACACCCCUACACACCCUUCGCCACACCACGGCACACCUCCAUGCCAGUGCACAUCCCUGAACACCUCUACACACCCUUCACCACACCACGGCACACCCUCUCCAUGCCAGUGCACAUCCCUGAACACCCCUACACACCCUUCACCACACCACGGCACACCCUCUACAUGCCAGUGCACAUGCCUGAACACCUCUACACACCCUUCACCACACCACGGCACACCCUCUCCAUGCCAGUGCACAUCCCUGAACACCUCUACACACCCUUCACCACACCACGGCACACCCUCUAG